UGACACAAGCGCGAGUUUCGGCUAUACCCGCCGGGGGUUUUGCCGAAAAACGCAGCGCCCAGACUUUUCAUAAUCGUGUUCGGCUUUUGUUCGGGCUAGGCUUUUUGGAGGGUGCUCGCGAGCGCGUCGAGCAGUAUCGUCAUCAAACAACAAACUAACACCGCACCGAAAUACCGCGGAGACGGGCCAGCGAGCGUUGUGCGAGCUGCAGCAAAAUUUUCGGCAAAUUUGGUCGCAAACCAGAGAAGGUCGACCGUCGUUUUUUUCGAAGUGAUACGAACGUGAAAAGUUUUACUAUUAUACCCUGCAGUGCAAGAAAGUAACGCAAGUGAAUUACUUACAAAAUCGACCACUUUUAUGUAUACCGACAAAAAAAUCAACCAACAAACGGCAGCAACUAAACCAUACCCCAGGAUAAAUCUCUGUCCGUAAACGGCGCAUUCACUUGGUUCUUAAUUUGAGGGCAACCGUUUGCUUUUUUUUGUUUGGCGGAUUCUCUGUGGUUCAUUUCGGCGGGUGCAUCCUGGCGUGCAUUAGUGUUGCCCAGAUGUGGUGCAGUGAUGGUGGAUUAGUGCAAACGCCCGAACGUGGCGGGAAGGGCUACGGUUGUGGUCCGGUACGGGCCCAGUGCUUGUGAGGUUCCCUUGUGCAACGACGGCAAAACAAAACAACAAACAAAACAAAAAAAAAAAACACACACACACACCCCGACUAGCGAUGUGAGACUAGUGAGUAAAAAGGGGUUAGCAAAAGUUUAGUUCACUGCAGCAAAAUUUCAUCACCAUCAAGAGUACGCAGUUUUACGGUACCCAAGUUUUCGAUAACCUUUUCGGCAAACAAACAACACAAAAAAAAAAACAAAACGCAGUUGCAACGUUUUCGGUUCAUUUUUCUAAACAUCUUUCUCGCUGUCUCGCUUUUGUGGCGUUUCGUUCCGUGUUCGAUCGUACCGGUGUAGAGAGAAAGCAAAAACAUCGAGUGAAAUUCAUCCCAGCGCGGUCACAUUUUGCACCAAAACAGCGGCAGUAUACAAAGCGGUGCGAAAAAAACUAAACAUUUUUCCAAAUUUAAAAUCAAACCGUAGAAAAAAACGUCGUCACAAAAUCGUAAGAAAACCCAACAAGAACGUUCCGUCAGGCAAGUACGGAACCGGUGGUGUGGUUUUGUGAAGGUGUAUCAUACGAGCAAGGAGAACCCCCCCCGGCCCCGGUACAGGUGCGAACAACCCAACCAGGCACGCGUUGUACCACCGUUUGGAAAUUGUGUUUAGUUCGAAAUUGUCCAUUUUUUAACUACUCCCGCCACUACGCCGCAUAUUUCGCGCGAAAGGGAGCAAUUAUUUUCAAAACCCCCAACGCUACCCCAACUUCCAAACAAGCGAAGAAAAUACGAAAAGUUUGAAAACACACCCUCCCUUCUGUUUGGCUGAAGGUGUUAAAAUAGAAAAAUCGCACAAUACGCGUAUCGAAUCGCACGGAUCGUAACUGUCCACCAGCUGGAUAUGUCGGUUGUUGUGAGGUCUACGGUACAGUAACGGCUCCAUCGUACGGAAAAUGCAUCAAGAUCGUAUGAAACGUGUUGCAACGAUAUGCAACGGAUGGUCACUGACAGAAACAGGAUGCAGCAUUGUUGUGCGACAGUUGUGCUAAAAACCGAAGGCAAACAGCGCCACACCGUUACUGCCGGUGCGCAUUGAAUAAUUUCCCGGGAAAAAUGGGAAAUCAAACAAAAUCAUCAACAUGAUGUGUAAGAGUGUAAAGUGCUGAUUUCGAGUAGCAGAAGAAGCUAAAAAGAAACGAAUCCACUUAAUUUUGGCGUGAUUUUGGGCAUACAAAAAGUAAGAUAAAAAUUCAAAAGUUUUGUGGAGAAAAAAAGUAAAGCAAAAGAAAAAAAAAGGCAACGCAAACGCAAAAAUAAACCCCUCUAACGACGACGACGACAAAUUAUUGUAACAUUAUCAAGAAAAAACAAAUCAUCGUGAAAAACGAAAAACAAAAGAUAGCAAGUGAAGUGGGAAAACCCUCCCUCGGUGCAACAAAACAAAAAAACGAAUCACCCAUGUGAAGUUUAGCGCCAUUUUCCGCAUUGCAUUUUUACUCAAAAUUAACACUUUCGGCAGAAGAAGAAUAGUAAAAAAAGUGGGUGAGUCCUUUCGUCAACUAAUCUCACCAACUACCCAUUAUCCUUCGCGGUUGCGUAUGUGUGGAAAAAAAAGUUCUUUCCGUUUAGAAAGCUGUGUUGUGCUAUUGUUUUGGCAUCGAUAUUGUGGAAAACCUUCCGUUUUUAAGUUGAUCUUCGGUUAACACAUACAACAAAAAAAAACCCCCAACUGCAACUGUAAAUUCCAAUCACUUUUGCAAACACGCAAAACACUUUCGGGCCAACAAAAUUUGCCAACCAUUUUUGUUUGUGCGGUGCUGGAGUCGUUUAAUCGUUUAUAGUACGCGCGUGUUAUUUUUUUUUAACUUACGUUUGUGAGCAAAACGCGCGAGCUUUUGUUGUGUCUGUGUGUGUCGGGCGGUGAAGAAGCGAUUGUGCAUUUGUGCAAAAGGUGUAUGUGUACGCGCGUGUGUGUGUAUGUGUGUGUGUGUGGAUGCGUUCGUGUGCAUCCGUGUGAGUAGAGAUCCAUUGAUCCUUUGAAGAGUCUUACACGUACGAAGAAGAACGUCCAGAGCAAAACCCUGUGUCAGAAACCCCCCUCAAACAACGGGUGAAAAAUCAAGGAAAACGAUACGAAAACAGCAUCAUCCGACGAUAAAGAUCUCAUCGACAACGGUGGUGCGUCCCCAUAAUAUUGCUGUAUUGAAAGAUCGUUCGCGGGAUAAUAGCGCAAACGUAAAACGGAAACAAGCAGCAGAAACCGAAACGCUAGCCAGAGCGCCACAUUAAGAAGCAUCACGGCAUAAAACGAAACAAAAAAAAAGCACCGGCCACCGAAUUAAAUCGCGCCCUCGAAGCAAAUUCAAAUCCAAGACGGAGCAAAUUUAGUAUCACUCGGUUCACACCCCUUCGUGUGCGGUGGACCAGCGUGUGUGAUAAAGUAUCCCUUUUUUUCUCUCUCGCGCGCGCGCGUGCGAUCAUCACGGGAAGCGUUCACUGUCGGGGGGUACGCGCUGUGUCUACGGAAGGCAAACGGCACCAACAUGGAUCAACAACAGUACUGCCUCAAGUGGAGCAACUAUUCAUCCAACCUAGCGGCGGCCUUCUCGAACCUGUUCGAUUCCGCCACGCUCACAGAUGUCACGUUGGUUUGUGGAGGGACCGUAUUCAAUGCUCACAAGGUCAUACUAGCGGCAUGUUCGAAAAAUUUUGCUGAUCUGUUCGAACGGGCCCCAGUCGGUACGGGACAGAUAUGCGUUAUGUUGGAAGCAACAUCGGCGGACAACAUGCACGCACUGCUCGAGUUUAUGUACAAAGGCGAAGUGCAUGUGUCACAGAAAGCGCUGGAAAGUUUUCUGAAAGCGGCUGAGAACUUGCAGGUUAAAGGACUCACUACAGAACAUGGUCGCUUUGCGAGCGCCAAUGCAAGCCAACCGUCACAAUCGCCGUUUCAUGGCCCACCGAACGAUCUGCCAUCACCUGCCAUUCGCCGCCAGCAGCGCAACAGCCUCUCGUCCUCGCUGGAAUCGAUUAACCGAGCGGUAAAGCGGGAAACGGACAGUAUAGUCGGUAGUGCAAGUAGUGGUGGUAAUGGUUCCGGUACCACGACCGGUACCGGUACGGGCAAUGUUGGUAGCGGUGCGGAACGAGGAAGCGGCACGGAUCGCGGCGGCAAUCGUGGUAACGAUCGAGGCGAUGGUGGUGGUGGUGGUGGUGGCGGCGGUGGCGGUGGUGGAGGCGGCGGUGGCAGUACACCGGCAACCAGUUUCUCCCCGUACCUGCAACCAUCGUCCUAUCUGCCAGGCACUUACGAGAACCGAAAACGAUCACUGCGAAGUCCGUUCUACGAGCAUCAGGAAGCAACACGGGACAGUGUGCUGCGGGAUGGGAAGGCGAGCGCGGGUAAUGGCAGUCCGGUAAGUGGUAGCAAAAACUAUCGACCGUCCAGCAGUGGUUCUUCGGCGACACCAACGGAAGCAGACACCAUACACACGGAUCGGGAUUCUCCGCAACAAUCCAAUCGUUACGAAAAUCAUAGUCCCAGCACAACUCACCACGGCCAUGGUAACGGACCGGUAUCUUCAAACACUAUGGAUCGGGAAGAUCGCAACGAUCACAACGGUUCAGUGGAUCACAAAGUGAAACACGAAAGUCGAGAGGGCAAUGAGGCUGGAGCGGAAGAUUUGCGUGUAAAAAUGGAAAUGCGACCCAUCCAGUCACCACUUAGGUCAUCGGCACCGUCUACACCAACGACACCGAUAGGAUUCAUCAAUGUGAAAGGUGGUCUGGAGGCAGCGAUACCGUCUGUUGAUAUGUUGGGAAUGAUUAGCACACCGCGGGAAAGCGUCACGACAGCGGAUGGUUUGCUCUGCGUUCCAGGCAAAAAGCUACAGUGUCCACUAUGCGAUCGGCAGUACGGUUACGAGACGAAUCUGCGUGCGCACAUACGCCAGCGGCAUCAGGGAAUUCGCGUGCCAUGCCCGUACUGUAGUCGAACGUUUACCCGCAACAACACCGUCAGAAGGCAUAUCGCCCGGGAGCACAAACAGCAAACGCAGUUCAUGCCGAGCCAGCUGCACAGCUAAGCUCAGCGUGUGUGCAGAACGUCGAAUUUGCUGCCCUCCUCUGUCUCCUUUACUUCCCUUCCCUUUGUGCGUCCUUUCCGUCAUUCAACGAUUCCUUCUACCUAGGCCCAGUUAUGCGGAUCGACCGUUUGGACCGUUGUUGUUCCUAUAAUUAGUAAACGAAAUUGUUGCAUUAUCGCAUUGUAGCCAUACCUCAGAGCCCCGUUCUUUGAACGCCAUCCAAAGAUUUUGAUGCAAGAGGCCACAGCAUGCCAGCCAUCUCAGAUACAGCCAUGGAGAACAGCUGCUUGGUGUGUAGCGACGCGCGUGUGUGUGACAAGCUGCACCUGUUUCGAAGGCAAACAUAUUCCAUCGUCAGCGUUACCAUCAAGUUUCCGGAAAGGUGGAGCAGUUUUUAGCAUCCGCAGCAAACCAACCUCCCCCUAAAACCCAAACGAGGUACCGUAAACCAAUACCAACAGAUUGGAACCGCAACCCGCGCAGUGUGAUUUAUCGGUAAGAGCUGGGUGUAAAGAAGCGCCCUUGGUGGAUGAAGAACAUAAUGAACCUGUCCCAGCUUCAUUUCCUUCGAUGAAGGUGUUGUGCAUAACAGUUAUUCUUAAUAGCUAUCACACAUUGUCACAACACGCUGUGUUUGAAGAGAGAGAGGGAGAGAAUGAGAGAGAAUUUAUCAGAAAAUCAGAGGUGAAUGAAACAUUUGGGAUGAAAAUUGAUUGUUUCUAGGGAUAUGGUGCAAAGAAGCGUAUCGCAUGAUCGUCACAAUAAUUAUGCGAUAACACACAUACGUACUGGCUACGUAUUUGGAUUGAACAAAAAAGGUGACAAAAUAAGAUUGAACGGAAAUUCUACUAUAACUUGAACUGGAUUGGUAGAUCGCUGUUAACAAGAUAAUUCAUAUCGAGUAACUACUAUCAGGGUUAUCCUGACGCGAAACAAUAAUUAUAUAAACGAACUGGAACACAAUUUAUUACAAUAUCAACAUUGAAAUGACCUUUGUUUUGCUAAGUGUAUUUUUUGAAUCAUGUAAAAUUACAGCUUAAAUUCUUGUUUAUUAAUUGAAAUUUGAAUCUAUUUUUUUUGUUCUUCAUAUAUAUUAUAAUUUGCAUUUACUAUAGUCAAACUCUUAUUGUCAGAACAUAUUGGAAUGAGCAAAACUUUACUUGCAUGUUCAAAACUACCGUUUUCAUUUUCCCAGAGACAAAAGGCACUAGAACUCAGCAAACGAUGAUGGACAAUAGCUUUACUUUACCAGUAUUUGGUAAUGCUACAAACAACAAGAUGUUCCACGAUGGAGGUGUGAUGCAUGAUUAUCGUUUCAUUACAUUCAUGCCGAACAAAACCUUGCUUUAAUUUUACACUUAUAUCAGCAAAUAUUACAAUCACCACAAGUGUCAUUAAUCAUCAAUUAACUCGAGUGUUAGGGGAGUCGUUGCUCUACCAAGCCAUGAAGCAAAACACACCCCCCAUUAAAAGGGGUUCUAAUAGAAUCUUGCUUAUGUUACACACAAAGCCACAGACAGUAACUAUAACUCGAUACUGAUACAUAUAGAUAGAAAGGGAGUAGAAUAAUAGGAAGGGUGAAUGAAUAGGUGAUAGAUGAUUAUACUUUUUUUUUCUUGUUUCGUUUCCUAAUUAAAAACUCACACUAGAACACACAACCGGCGGCAACACACACACGCGGUUGCAUAUGUUGUUUUGUUUGUUAGUAUCAGAUUUGCAUUUCCUUUGAAAUGGCGGACGGUUUAGUUCAUAUGCAUUUCCUGCUCUUUGACGUACCGUUCCGUCGUUUCGCUUGAUAAUAGUGGUUUAGUUUUGAGUUUUCUUUCGACAUAGAAAUGUACGAAAGACAGGAGGAGAGGAGAGAUAAAGAGAAAGAGCGUAGAAUCGGAAGUACAUACAUAUAAAUGGAUAUCUUAACUCUUUGUAAUAGUGUCCUAAUUUAACAAAGAAACAACGCAAUGGGUGGUAGGAGUAAUGCAUACUUUUUUAUGAAUAAUACAAAUGUACCUGCUGAUAAAGAAAUAGGGAAUCAGAUAUAGGAGAGUUGAAAUCGAUAGCUUAAUGAGAAAUAUUUAACUAUGCAUAUAUAUGAAAGUAUAUUUAAACCUAAUCUACAAAACCAUACUACAUGUACUUGAAAAGCAGUAGCAAACAGCUAAGAGGGCUUGGAUAGAGUGCGUGUGGCUGGAAGUGUGUAACUGUCUGUCCGCUUGGUUGGAUAUCGUACCGAACAGAAACAAAAAAACAAAACUACGCAAAAAGGCACACGCUUCUUCAGGUGGAACAUUCGCCUUGAUGCGAACACGAUCCUUUCGAGCGGCUGUGUACGUUGCAAAUCGUGCGGUAAUAAACCGAAUCAUGCAAGUAAAAGAUUCCGGCUAUGAUUGGCUGCUGGAAAAUCAAUCCUCUGUCAGAAAAAAAAACCAUCUUCAAUAGAAGAGCAAACCUUAUGGAACAACAUGCAAUGGAAACUUGGUGCCUAUCAAAUAGAAGAUUCUAGUUUAAACAGUACUUUUACUAAUACAAAUACUUCUACGAUUACUGCUACUUCUACAUUAUGGUUAUAUUACUUCUCCUGAACAUUAAGCCUAAAGUGAAUCGUUUUACUUAUACGUAUGUUUUUUUCUUCUCUCAAGCAAAUGUGAACAAUGUGCAACGCAGCAACAUUGCAAGUGUUUGCGAUGAACCUAAUGGCAAAGCAAUAUAAUUUCAUAUCAUUGCCAUCCGCCCGCAUACCUUUACACGAUGCAAUAGAUAGAGGAACAUUUUUAUUGAUCUCAUUUGCAUAGCAUUACUGUUUUAUUUAUCACAUACACUCAGAUGAGAAGCGUUUCUCCUGCAAACUAAAACUCGUUACAUACUCUAAACUCGCGUUCUUUGUAUCCUAACGAAUGGAUGCAAAUAGAAUGAUAUGAGGGUCAGAAUCUGCCAAUCCAAGUUCGAGUUAUUUGUCGAAACCAUUCAACAUGAAAAAUAGAACUCGUUCCGGUUUUACGGGAUACAGAGUCUAUACUUCUGAUGGAUGAAUUCGACCUGUAAGACCAAUUUCCAGAAAUCUUAUAUGUUUCCCUAAGCGCAAAAAAAAACUCUGUUGCUGAAUUGCGCUUUCUGCAGCGGAAACGGGAACAAUAGUGAAACAAUCCAUCUCAAUCGUUAACAUAAAUAUGACAUUCAAUGUGCUGUAGUUGCAACAAUGUUGUGUGACAUGUGAAGGGUUUGAGCAGCAGCAGCAGUAACUAACAAGAACACAGCUGAAUUAGUUAAAAUGUGGACAUAUAACAAAAUGGUGAAGCCUUUUAAAUGAUGUAACAAAUAGAGGCAAGCAAGGACACGAGCUAGACAAUUGAAAUAAUUGCAGUUUAAAUGGUGCAAAUAUUUAAACAUGAUAGUAAUACAACCGGAAGCACGAAUUCGGAAUGUUCACGAGCGCAUUUUCAGCAUGGGUGGAGUUCCGUUGUUUGUUUUUUUUUGUUCUUUUAAUUUGUAUAAAUACUACCAUUUUUACUGUUAUAAACUAAACCGAAGUUACCGCAACAUUAAAAUACCGGAAGGUUAGUAGAGGCAAAACAGUAAUUGAAAAGAUGCUAUCAAUCGUUUGUUAUAUUAUCGUAGUAUAACACAGAUGAAUUUUAUUUUUGCGUACAAUAGCUUAGUAAGGAUUUUGUUUUAUGAGUUUUUUCUCAUCUUUUUUUUCAUGGUUUUUGUUCACACAGUUGUACCGGAUUCGUUUGAAUGUAUCACACGAGAGAUUUAUUUUACGUAAAGAACUCGAACACCCACUGAAAAUGAAGAGAAUAACAUUAAAACAAAAAAAAGUAUGCUUCCCUCGAACCUCUUCCCCUAAGUAUGACGUCAAACGCUUAAAUGAAAUAGAAUCCGUUAGUUCAAUUUUUAAAGAGAAUCAUAUAGUUAAAAAACACCGUCACAUGAGAAAGAUGUGUCAUGGCCGAUAUUGAUAAUAGUUGUAUUAGCAUACGGGAAUACCGAGCCGGGUAAGCGCCGCAAUAAGACAAAUCUGAAAACAUCCCCCAUACGGAGGAUGUGCUACCCAGCAGAAUUAUGUUUCUUGUUGAAAAAAUAGCCUGUUUCUGUUUCUAGUGCUACAAACUACUGUUUAAUUUGGAAUGCACAUUUUUCCCCUUAUCCUUAAAACUGUUUACUCAAAACUGUUAUUAAACAAGAGACAAGACGAAGGUAGGCGGUAGGUGUAAAAUAUCGUCGAUUGAUAUUUGCAAGCAAUUUACAUGAAGAAAGACAACUGCCAAUUAAAACGGGUCUAUUUUUCCGCUAACGAUGCAUUUCGCAAUGCAUCGUAAAUGGUCUUUGAUUUUACAUAUUGUCUAACACAACACUGCUAGGUAUUAUUCGUUUCGAAUGCUGUAAAAGUUUUACUUCACUUUCGUUUCAUUCGUUAUCACAAUCUGUACAACUGGUUUCUUCCAAAGCGAAAGCAUAUUAGAAAAAAAAAACAUACUAAGAUAAGCCGUAACGAUGGAAGGAGAAGAAGUAAAACACACAAAAAACAAAAGAAAAAAAAACCUUGAAACAAACUCGAAACAUAAAACAUGCAUAUGCCUAUGCAGCGAUAACAAUGAUAAGCUGAACAUGAAUUAAAACAUAAAAAAGAAGACAAACGAGAAACAUAAAAUAAUUACUUAGAAAUAUGAACACGAAAAGAAAACAAAAAGAAUGAACACUGAAAUCAACUACCUCCACGUACUGUAGAAAUAGUGAAAUAGGUGCGUUAGCAGAAACGCCAUUUUAUGUUAAUUUUUAAAUAGCUCUUGAUUUUAAGCAAUAAGGCGACGUAAUAGUCGAAAUCAAUAAUAUUACGUACUUCUUCAAAGACAUUUACAAAUCAGGUUAAAGCAAAGGCAAAAGCAAGCAAGAUAAAACAAGUCAAAUGGUCUACAAAAAUGAAGCGCAAAAAGUAAAAGAGAGAGAGAAAGAGAGAAAAAAAUGCAAGUAAAAGGUGAAACUACACUACACAAUAUCAGAUUGUUGCUGGAAACAAAAAAUAUGAAUAUAAACAUACAAGAGUAUGUGGUUUAUAUUGAGCAUCCUCACACAAACCAAAUCCCGUGCAAAGCCGAUCGAUAAAACGUUUUUGCUAAAAAAUAAUUUCGCAGCUAAGCAACAUACACGGACAAUGUUUCGAUAGAGAAAAUGUUCUAAAAUUUUGUCAUUUGAUUUCUUUGCAACGCAAAAGUAUUGCUAAAACUAACCCAUCCGGCAGAAAAUCAACUAAAAAUGCAAUUUAACGGCGUCACCUAACUUCGUUUCGGCAAAAACAAGAAGUAAACAAGAAAUUAUGUUGUACGCUGGCACUAUAAAUGCUCGUAAAUGCUCGUGCGAAUCGACAAGAAGCGAAAGAAAAGAAAAUUACCCAAACCGUUCGAUGUAGGAAAGAGACAUGUGAAGCUGGAGGCAAAAAUGAAGUAAAAACAAAGUGUUGGAAAUCAAACUCACUGGCACGAUGAAAUGGUUUGGCAAGUUCAAAUUGAAAAUAACGAAAUAUACAAAUGACGAUACCUUAACCGGAUGCACAAAAUCGAUGAAACAGGACGAGAAUAUGAUUUGGGCGGCAAAAUUUUCGACAGUAUGUGUGACAAAAGGAUCAAUGGAACCGGAAGAUAUGGACGACGAGUGUACAAGUGCGUGAAUGCAAAAUUUUGCUAGUUGCGAGCGUUUCAGAAUGCAAAGAAGAAUGAAAAACAAAAAUAAGUACUAAAUUUUACGAAAGCAAAUAAUGUUGAUAAACAAACAAGCAAAAGUAUAACAUAUUCGACGGCAUAUGCGGAAGAUUAACACUGAGUGCGAGCACUUUAAAAAUUUAGUUCUUAAGAUCAAGACAGGCGAAAAAAAACCGUGCGGAAAAGUAGAGUGGAAUAAUCUCAUGUAAAUAGAGGUAAAUUUGCAUUGGAGCGAUACCAGCGAUGAUGGUGGCACGCUGUGGAAAUGGGUAACGGGAGGAACAAAAGCCCUUCGUGCGAGUAUUUUCUCGGCACCAACUGGGGUCGUCAUCAAACCACCACCAGGUACCAUGUAAAACACAGCAGAGAAUGGAGGGAAGAAAAAUUGGAAGCAAAUGCUAAAGCUAUAAAAUAGCUUAAGGAGUAAAAUUUAAUGAAAUUAAAUUUUUGGCAGUAAUAAGAAGGAUGCGAGCAAGCUGGAAAAGUCCCGCGCUAUCCUCAAUACCAACGUUGAGGUUGUAGAACGAACAUAAUAAAUACUACCAAUCGUACUGUGGAGGCAAAAUUUAGUCAGCGAUGUAAAUUUUCUAAAGAAAAAGGAUACGAAUAGAAUGCAGCAAAGUGCAGUCGGCUUAUGUAGAUGGUGUUACCUAGAAAUUAACGUAAUGAGUACACACUCACCGGAUAAAAUUAUGAACGAUUAGCGGUUAGGAGAUUGCGAACCACCAGAAUUAUGCAUGACGAUGAUUUAAUUUCGAUAAUACAUAUGAGCGAAGAAAAAAAAGCAGUACAUUACACAAGAUGAAAUACCCUAUAUUGCAUCAUGAAAUUUAGUUGAUAUACACGCAAAGAGCACCUCACCUGUUUGGCAAUUGAUGUAGAAGAGAGAAAGAAAAAGGAGAGAAAAAAAACGAACGUGCAAAAUGGUGAACGGAGCCCAAACACAAAGUAAUUGGUUUGGUAAUUCCUAAGCUAAUGUACAUACAUACAGCAACAAAAAAAAAAGAAGAUGUGAAAAAUUUAUCCUUUGGAAGAGUAGAAACUGUAAAUUAAUGUUUGGCGAAAUCAUUGUGAAGAAGAAGAAGAAAAAAAUUAAAUGCAUAAAAUAUCUCGACAAACACAAACACACACACGAUACGACAAAAUUGAGUGCGCAAAAGCAGUGCGAAGCGAAAUGGCAAACAAACAAAAAAAAAUGGUUGUCUGCAGACCAUCCCCUAACAGACAAACACUCAGUCCGUGCGUACCAUCGUCAACCGGAAUGCGACAGUAAUUAAAUUAUUGUUUGUUUACGGCUAUGGAUUGACUUAUUGGUUUGGUAUAAUUAUUAACGUAUGGCACAGAUAAAAUAAAAAAAGCGCAACAAAACCGGCGCUUUGAAACCAUCUUUGGCAAAUCCCCCCUUUUGGCAACUAUAAAGUGAAAAAAAAAAAUUAAAAAUAAAAUAAGUAAAUUUAGUUAGUGCAAAGGUAACAUAAAAAUAACACGUUUAGGCAAUACCGAAAAGAAACGAAAGUUUUUUUCAAAAUUAUUAAGCAAAAAUUUGUAAGCAAAGUUCUAAAUUCAAUUAGGAAGAGCGAGAGAGAGAGAUGAAUGAUAAACAAAUAAUGUUUUCGUUGCUGUUUUUUGUUGACGCUAGGUACGGCUAUAUUGAUGCGGACACAGGUCACGGACACUUCGUUCACCAUUAGGAAGUGCAAAAAGGAAAACACAAAACAAAAUUCAAACAAAAAAAAAACAACGCUGGGUGCAUAACUUUUAGGCAAAUAAGACAAAAUUCUUGCAGAAUUACAUGUUUGGAGAAGAUGCAAAAAAAAAUGCAACUAUGUAUUCGAUAAUUGUAAUGUGUAAAACUGAGUGUGAGUUUGUUGUUUGUUUUUUCCCAUUUCCCAAUAAAUCAACAUGAAUAUGCUUAUCAUUAAAUCACGUACAGGAAACGGAGGUAGACGAGGGAAACUAACAAAUGCAAAAAAAGCCAUUUUAGCUCUGGUUCGUAAUCUAGGUUUUUUCGGCUUAAAACGAUUAGAACGCAACACCGACGAUGAUUUUUGGCAUAGAGAAACAGCACAAUAUGUUUUUUGGAAUAGGCGAGCGAUGGUCCACAACACAAUGGUGAUUGAUCAGUUCUACUAUCCCCGCCCUAUGGGUUGGGAUGCAGCGCACGAUUAUCUGGGCACUGGGGUGGUGUGAAAAUGGUGAAGAAAAUAUUAAACGAUUCUCGUUCAUUUGUGUCUGUGUAAACACAAACACACAUACGAACACUGUUUUUAUGGAAUGUAUUUUUUUAUCUAACUUUUUUGAUGCUCGAUGUUGAUAAAUGUUAUUUCUACGGUGUAAUUGCUUUGCAAUGCAAUCACACACAAACGUGUUUGUUUGUUUUUUUUUUCUUUUUCGCAAAAGCUAAUAGCUUUUCGUACUUAUUUUCGAUACAAUAUUAUACGUUUCGAACCUUGCUUGCGAAAUCUUAUCGAGAAGCUUCAAAACAACAACAUAACAAAAGCAAUAAACACACAUUAGUAGUGUUUAUAUAAGAAAAAAAAAACAGAAUACUUGAAAGACCUUUACGCCAGGAAGAUAAAUAGAUGAGAAAAAGGGGGAAAAAAGAGAAAGAGUAUAGCGAGAGAAAGUAAGGAAAAAUAUUGAUAAGAAAGGGAGAAGUAAAUGGAAGAAGGAAAAAACUCAGCUAGUCACAAGUGCAACACACUCAGGUACAAUAAAAAUGUAACGAAACAUUGUAGAAUUAUUUAGCAUGUAUAGAGACCACUGAUUGUAAAACUGGCUGCAAAUAGCAGUGUGCAUGCAGACAGUUUGCAGUACGACUCACCAACCAGCAUAACAAUAUAGUCAAUAGGCAAACAAACAAUGGCAAAUGUGUGGUGAUAGAGGAGCAAAACCAAUCGCCAUGCAAACGCCGGCAGCAUAUACAGAUGUUGCUCGAUAAGAUGCUGACAAGACAACAGCAACAACAAAACAGCGAAGGUUUCGUGUUGAUUUGUGGCAUUUAGUUUUCUUUCAUUUUAGUUCGACAGUUCCUCAGGCACACACCCGCGAACGUUGUGUUGUAUAAGUUUGUUUAUUUUUUAACUACUACAAUUCUUUUGCAUUUUUGUUUGCAACAUCAGACAUCGUUUGUGGUCAGAGCAAUUUUUGUUUGCCGGUUAAGACAAACAACAACAUAGGGUGGAUGCUGAUGUAUCUAAAAAAAAAGGUGCGAGGAAAUCAAGCUAGGAGAACAAAAAAGGGGGAAAAAACACACCCACACCCACACGGAAACACAAUUUGCGAAUAAGAAAAAUGGGCAAAAUUAACUUUAGAUCUAUAUACCUACUAUACUAGCGCGUAGUUGAAACGAGAUAUACUUAAAACCGGGAACUGUAUCCCCAUGUUUGUAACAAAUUUGUAAAGAAACAAAAAACUCCUUUUGCGUCAGCGCGUAAGUUACUGCAUCGUAAGGUGUUACGACAAAUGGUGGGGAAAAAAAAACCUGAAAAAACGAGAUACGUAACGUUAUGUUUCUUUUUUAAAAAUCUUCUAUUUUCGUCAUUGUUUGCGUUAGAAUUUUCCUUCAAAAUUAAAAAAAAAAGAAACAUUGAUCUUACAGAUCGCGACGAGAGAUACGAAAACAAAGCUAACAAAGUAAAAGCAAGUACUGCAAAACACACGAAAAUGAAACAAAUAGCAGUGCAAAAUACGAAACAAGAGAUACGGAUGUGAAAAAUUCAAAAUUCUUCAAAAAACAAAAAAGCAUAAAAUACUCCCCCUUCCCAUCGGGCUUUCCCUCUCAAUCUGCUUAAUUAGAAGCCAUUUCAUGAAUUGUUGCAAGAAACGCUUGAAACAAACUUGCAAAAAAAGAGAAGAGAGAGAACAAAAUAUCCCCCUCCCUCCCCCCCAUACCAUACAAUGCGUAUACUUUUGGAAUACUGUUUUUGGAUUGCUUUUCGUAACACAAUUACCACUUAUCUCUACAACAACGUAUACCAAAUAACAAACAACACAAACGCGUUUUCCUAUUGAUAUGAACCACCAGAAGAAGUAGGAGAGUAGAGCAAGGAAACGCCUAGGGAUGUCAACAGCAAAGCAUCUGGGCAGUGUGGACGAGUUGAUUCUACGUCGCUUGAAUGUUUUUGGGGCAGGCUAACGCUACGACGCUAUCAAAUCGAGGCUAAGCAACAGAAAACCAUUCGAGGCUAGAACAGUGAAUGAGGCUUUCAGAACACACGGAAGAGGACGAACAACCAACCAAUCGCGCAUGUUAGCCGUUGCGUACGGCAAGUGGCGUAGAAUCGAACGUUACAAACAGGCACGCCAAGUGUUUUGUUAGUGGCAUCCCGUCUCAGGAUAAUACGGUACCACACAAGUAACUGAAACAGUGUAAAUAUUUGACCAAAUAUCGGCCGCAACUCUCUUUCACACCGUUACGCUGCAUCUAACAAUGCAGCGCCGGUGGAUGAUACUGGAGAAGCAACGGAUAUUGGUACACUAUGCAAUAAGCUAGUCUAAUAUAUUUUCAUUUUCAUCGCUGAGUACACGAUGGCACGAUUUUACACUGACACUAGAAUCCAUCCUGGGACGUAAAGUGGAAGUAAGUGAACUCGGUCGCUCGUCGCAGCAAGAUAUAAAUGAAGGUGCCAGAUACAACCGGACGAGGAAAAGCUAUGUGCGCAAGUUUUGGAACAGGCAGUGGCCGGAAGUGGUCCUUUUACCUCGGUCCACAGAGUGAAGGAUUUAGUGUUUGAUUUUUGUUUUUUUUUUUUGUUUUUUCAUUGAAGCCAACCGAAGAGACUGUUAUUUAUUGUUACCUCAGUAGAUGUUAAAUAUGUAAUGGCAAAUGCAAUAAUGUAGGAUGUUAGUUUUUAAUUCGCGUUUUACUAUACUAUUAUCUUUUAUUGUUUUGAGUUAGUAUUUUAACACCCUUUUUGUGCUCACUUGGCAAAGGGAGUGUACACACGGCAUAGCAAACAUAAAACCCGCUGCAAAUCGAAUCAGCUCUAAUCGUACAGAAAAACACCAAACGGGCGCGGACACGUGGCAAACACAUCCAUCUUGCGCACAUAGCGGUUCUCCUUCGUGCACUGGUUCACCUUCCCAAAAAAGGCCUUAUAAAAACCGGAACAGUAGUAACAGAUAAGUACAGUAUUCCGAAUGUUACAUAUUAUGUUUAUUAAUUUUUGUACCGUUCCCUCUUCGUCUGUCCUGCGCCCCGAAGAUUUCGAAGCUUCUGUUGUUGUUUUUUCUUUAUCGGAACCGGAAUUUAGGGUUUCGUACGUGUAAGCUUAAUGCACGAGAAACCAUCUCAAUUCUAAUCAGUUCGAAAAAAAAGACCGGAAGUGAAGUCGGGUUGGGCACAGCACGGUUCGGCGAAGGAAACGGAUACGGAAAUUGGAUCAGUUUCGAAGAAAACAGAACGUUGACACGGUAUAACAAAACGUAUACCAUUAAAGAUAUAUACACGAAAGUAAUAUAGCAACGAUUAACUGUGAAAUAGAAUCCAGCUGCAGCACUCAUGAAUGGCAUGAGAUGUGGGCGGAAAAAUGCGUUAAACAAAAAAACAAAUUUCGCAAAAACCGAUAUUGCAUUGAAUAGGUCACAAAAAAUAUGUCACAAGUCAAGAGCAGAAGCAGAAGAUUAUUUAUUUAUUUAAUUUACCGCAUUUACUAUUUGCUCUUUUUGAAGAAAACAAACAAACAAAAAAUGGCGCGUAUACAAUACACCAAUAAACCAUUUUACCAAUCGUUUUUCUUUUAUUAGUUCGUUUUGCAAACACCGCAAACGAAACACCGUACAGCUUAGAACACACGAAAACUACUACUAUUUACAGCCAGAAUAACACAAAUAGAAUAUACACAGAAGACACAGGAUAUAUAGCAAUACAUACAGUACCCUUUUACAGUACUGAAAUACAGCGGCACGUUUCUUGUAAAGCGUUGCUGAUUGGGUUUAUAGAUUCCUUGCAGUUUACGUUAUUUGCCGUCAAAUGUGUCCAAUUAGUUGAAUUUGCGUACUAUCCGUACUAAUAUUCACCGUGGUAAAACGAAAACAAAACACACUGCAAUCAAUGGAAGAAAAAAAUGCUACUGUGAGCGAAGAAAUAGGAGAAGAAUGUUAAAUUGCAAAAGAAAGAGAGGAAUUAUAGAUAUCGAUUCUUGCAUAUUGAUCGUACCGUUAUGUUAUUGUUUCUUUUAAAAUUCUCGUGGCAUGCAGUCAACUAAACACGGGGGUAUCAUUUGCAAAACGAAGAUCUGAAACAAAAGCCUUUUAAUGGCUUUUUUCGUGUACGGUGCAAGGUGUUACAUGCAUCAACAUAAAUCUAUUUUUUUCCUUAAAACAAUGAUAAAGUUACCGCACACGCAGAUGAACGUUUGGAUGGUGAAAAACAAAAAACAAACAAAUACCACAUCUAGACAACAAGAUUCAUGCUUUUCUUUAAGUCCAUAUCAACCAUAGUAAUAUUAAAAAAAUAGACAAUUUCGUUUCACUGUACUAUUACUAAAUAGUGUUAAGCAACAACACUCGUGAUCAAGCCAAUCGCUUUUGUGUUUGACAAAUUACUACGACCGACGUAAAAUUGUUUGCGGUUCGGAUGUCGCUGCUCCCGUCCCUUCCGAGGCGUGGAUGGGGCCGAGGUCCGUGAUGUUCGAGCCACAAAUCACAAAAAAUCCCACCGUUUUACCAUGUAAAAAAAAUCAUCUAGCUUUUAUACAAUACUAGUUUAAACACUCUUUUUGUAAUGAUACACCAGUUAAAACAGUUACGGUCGGUAAUGCGGGGAACACGCAAUUGUGCUGUCAAUUUUUUGUCAUUUGUUUUUCUUUUUAUUUUCUUUUUUGUUUUCAUUUUUCAAUUUCAUUUCCCACUCCAGUUGAUCAUUUUGCGGGCUUCAAAUAGUUCCUCUCUUACGGUAUACGUUCAUAUGAACUUGAAUGCAAGCAUGAAUUUUAUUUUCCGACCAAAACGUCAAUAGCAACGUUAAGCAAGCUUACAAAAAAUUAAAAAAAAACUAUUUCGGCUAAAAUAUAAUUUGUCAAAAUUAAGUACAUAUAGUAAAACUACUAACGCAUCAUAAUAGCUGACUUUGAAGCAAGGCAUCAACUAUCGUUUUGCGACGGUAUCCUUACUAGUUUGAUAACGUUUGGGUUUACUAUUUGGUUUUGGGUUUUUUUUUGUUUCUAAAUUUAGUAAGAAAAACAAAACGUGACAACAUAUAAUGCGCGCGGAAAAACACGGAAACAUAAGCAAAGGAAUAAGAAGAAGAAAAACAAGCUUUGGAAACAAUUACAUUCAUCAAAAAAAAAACAUUAACGUAAAAUGCGCAGAGAGCAACAUACGUAUCGAAGUCUCGAUGUCAAACAUCGUCAGAAGAUGAAAGUGGAAUGGAAUUAAUCGUAUAUUAAUCCACAUAGUUACCAGCUUAUAAUUUUGCCUGCGAUUACGAAUAAAACGAUCCGAUGGACACGGAUGUGUAAUGGUUUAAUUUAAGCUUCCUUCCACAGAGAGAGAGAGAGAGAGAGAGAGAGAGCAUUGAUGCCAAAGCAUCUUUCAUAUAGCGACUUCGCGAUGUUUAUGGCAAAACUAAACGAAUAAAAAAGAAAUGAAGUGUGUGCAUGCACAAGAAUUGCAACAACAUGCAACGUGGAAAAAAAAAACAAAACAAUAAGCGAUGCAAAAUGGAAGAAAAAAACUUCCACAACAAACAUAGAGCAAGCAAGCAAAAGAAUGAUCGAUGCUUGCAAGGAUGUUGAUUAUGUCCCCAUUUAUAAUUACCCUCUACCUUGGUUAUUAUUACUAUUGGUUCGUUUUAAGUUCGCUAGUGGCGUGUAUUGGUUUAAAAUCAUUGGGAUUAAUAUUGUUUAGUUGCGUAAGCCUCUGUAGUGUACGUACGUAAGCUAAAAUCAGUAAGCAUCUGAUAAAAAAUGUGUUAAAUUGUAAAGUAAAAAAAAACCUAUGUGAAUGAAGUAGUGGACAAGCCUACAAAACAUCUAAAAAAAACCAACAAAAAGGGGGGAAGAACAGUUUUUUUUCUUCUUUGUACAAUUACCGGUCAGCCCGUGAAUCGUGAAUUCGAGCAAAGUUUAUAACGUUAUAAAGAAAGAGAAAAAUCUAUGGAAGAAGAAGAAAAAAAUGUCAACACGAAUAAAACUCAAUUUUUCGUACAUUCUUUCGUUCGUUUCCUUUUAGUUCUUUAUGAUACUUGUUUUGUUUACGUUUGUUUGCUAAAACAUGUUCAUUGUUAGCACAUUUGCUUUGGUUAUAAUUUUGAUGACAUGUGUUAUGUUUUUUUUAAAUUAUAUAUUUUACUUUCUUCGUGAUUUGUCAUUGUUCAUGUUUUUGGUUUUAUUUUCACCUUCCUUUUGAAGCUUAUUUCUUGACAAGGUAGGUUUUGUUUAUAGUUAUUUUUCCAUUUUGUUAUUUUAUUAAUAUAAGUUUUUUUUUCUUUUCAUUAAUUUAUUUUUAUUUAUUUUUCAGACAAAGUCAUCUUACUGACGAUGUGUGACAUUGCGCUCUCAGUAUGUUGCUCUCAAUGUGGUAAAGAAACACAAAAACAGACAGAUGUACUGUAUCGAUAUGCAAUCCGAUUUCGUUGCAUACAUUCAACACUCAAGAAGGUAACUACUUCAAUAAAGUACACUCAAUAAUGUGCAAACCGUCCAAAGCUCUGUAAGAAGAUCGAAAGCACAAUACUGAAUGGUAAAAGUUAUUUUAGGUUGGAAUUUUUUUUUAACAUAAAAAGACAAUUAACUAUCAGUUGUCCUUCGUUUGCAAUGCUAAAAGUAACCCUUCAAACAAUUAACAAACUUUCUCUCCUACGAAUACUCCCAAAAAACACGAUUUUGAGAAUGAAGAAAACAAAUCGAAACCUGAAGGACAAACGUAAAAAAAAGUAACUCGUAUUAUACCAGUCAAAAUUGUAAAACAAAAACUUAUCUUUAGAGAAACAUCGUAUAAAUAUUAAUCCUAAAUGAGUAAAGAGUAAGUUUUCGGCACGUUUCUUACUCUAGCAGGAGCCCGAAAAAGGUGGCGCAAGACAGUCGAUAAACUUUUAGGCGUGUGUGUAACCGAAGGCGUUAGGUGUAUACUUGUGGAAUGAUCUAAAAUUCACCCUUAAAUUAGCAUGCUGAAUGUCCACAAAGAUCAAUAAAACAAAAAAAAUCAAUAAAAGUGCGCAUAGUGUGAGGCACAAACCUUUGGCACAAAUACUCACAGAGAAGAAAAAAAAAACAAAACAAAUGUGCGUAGCUGGUAGAGGUGCGAAUGAAUUGAGUAAGGUGCAAUUUUGGAUUAAAACUUUUAAUUUAUAUCGUACUAUUAGAAGGCGACAUUUUUAGGCAACUAGGGUAUAUUUUACGGAUAAAGUGAAAACAGUAGAUGUGAAAAUUAAAAAUUAAAAAAGCAACUAUAUGAGCAUAAGCGAAACGAGUGGGGUACAUCGGGCCUUUCGAUGAACGAUUUUCAAACAAAAGAAGAAGAAAACGCUAGGACACUCUCUUGACAAAAUCUAUACCAUUACAAAACAAAUACUCUCUAUAUACAGACGAACACCGCAAAAACACAUACAUCAUGUGAGCAGCUGAGGAGCUUCUUAGAAGAGGUUAUCCCUUGAAUACGCUGUAGAAAAUACGAAUAAGACCAGUCAGUGUUAAUUAUCCCUCGUUGGGCGGCAUUCCGCUGACGAUACGAUGAGAGGAUUUAAAAUUAUAUACCUAUAUAUGAUAUAUAUAUAUAUACAUAUACAUACUUCACGAGAGAUACGAUCAGAAAUAUAUUAAGAAAGCAUUAAUGCAGCAAACCAUGAGUAGGAAUACCAUUGCUCGGUGGAAACGAGACAACUUCAGGAUAUUGAUGGUGAAUAGUUCAAAAUUCGUGGCGGUAUACCAGAUACAAAAAUCUAUUCCAAGCGUAACUAUACACUUUUAGAGUUGAGGAUCAAAAUUCCAAAUUUGCGCAUCGUGUGUAUGUGAGUAGGGAGCGAAAAUGAGUUAAACGGGCGCAAAGUGAUGGUAAAAAGCGUAAGGAAGUGAAAAAUAAUGUAUUUAAAAUUACUCCCUAGAUGUUUUGGUGUAGUUCAGAAAAAAAAGAAGAAGAAGAAGAAAUUCAUUGAGUGGGUAACACGCGGGAAUACACAACCCCCGGGGAGAAACUAUCCUUUUUCGAACACCGUACUACUUCAUACAUAUACUACAAAACAUAAACACAUCCCUUAAGGAAUAUCCUUUUGGGUACUCCAUUCGGAUUCCUCACAUUAAAAAUACACUCACACACAUUUCAUUAAAAACAAAAAAACAACAACUAUUGACACAAUCUCACACACGCUUUUCAUUGUGUAGUUGUUUUGUUUUUGCUCUAACACUUAGAACACGUAGACAAGAAAAAAGAAAAGAAAAUACACCUACAAAUACGACGAAGAGAACAAAAGCAUGUGAACAAUGUUAUAGCUGCUGAAUGGCACCAUAAUCGAAUACAAAAAAAAGUACAAAAUCGUUUAGGAACAAAAAUGAUCCUUUGAUAGGAGAAGAUCAUUCAAUGCAAAAGCAAACCAAAACAAAGUAAAUAAAAAAGGAGAUUAUAUUAAGCUUAAGUAAAACCGAUACAAACACAAAAAAGGGGUGAAGCAAAAACAGCAAAACAUGCAACAAAUGAAAAUAGAAUUCAAACGUACUUGUCACACACCAGUAAUGGUGGCAAACAAUUUACGUGUGACAAAAAGGGGGUUAAUGCAACCCUCGCUUGUUGCCAUAACCUUCAAAACGAACAUUGUUAACCACUUUCACACUCACUCUUAUAACGGCUCAAUGCAGUGCAUAAGCGAAAAAGAAAAUAAAUCCAACAACAAAAUAGUUCAAAAUCAAACAAGAGAAGAAGAAAAAAAAGAAACAUACACACACACUUUUCGGAAGUACAAAAUUUCAGGGUUCAAAUUAAGAGAAGCAAAAAAAAAACUAAUAACAAUAUUAGUCAGUAAAGAUCCAAAAUAUUAGCUGAAAGAAGGAAAAAAAAUAAAA